UCUGGAGGGGCAUCUGUGGGUGGUAGGUUGGCUUUGGGAGGUGCUGUUAGAGGGGCUACAGUGCCUUCUGUGGAUGGUACACUAUAGAUGGUGCACUCUGUGGAUGGUACAUAUCUCAUCUAGCACAUAGUGAGGAAUUGCAUUGCAACCACUAGCACAGAAAGAAAAACUAACAGCUUUUGGCAUGUCUUUGCAACCGAUGUUGAAGUGCAGUGACUACAGGUUGAAACUCUCCAGCCCAGCACCCUUGGGCUCAGACUAGAGCCAGACCAUGGAAAACAUAGGUGUGAGAAAUUGCCCUCCCCUGGUCAUCUUCCGCUGAGCAGAACUAUCUUCAAGAAUAGACGCACUCUGGGACACGUAAAGGUUCCAAGAACUGCCCGUGACCCGGUUUCCUUAAGUUAAUAACACUGUCCGUUGAAAUAGCAGGAGUUUCACCGGUUAGUUAAUUAGCCGCAGGUUAAUACAGAUCAUGGUUAGAAUGUUAAUUAGUAUUGAUCUGAACCACAUGUUCAAAACAUGGUGGAUCGGGAGAGUUGUUGGACCACAGAAUGUCAGACUAGAGAGCUUCAACCUGUGUGGCAAUGUAAAAACGGUAGCAGUGAAUUAGUGCACAGAAAGCUUCCACAGCCUACUGAUGACAUAUCUUCUGCUGAAGAAGGGUCUUGAACCGAAACGUCACCUAUUCCUUUGCUCCAUAGAUGCUGCCUCACUCGCUGAGUUUCUCCAGCAUUUUUUGUUUACCUUCGAUUUUUCCAGCAUCGGCAGUUCUUUCUUAAACAUAUCUUCUGCUGAUGGGUGGACGACUAAAUAUUCAUCAGCAUGCAUUACCCAUGGGGGAGUCAAGAGUGUUUAAUUGUGAUAUGUACUGAAAAUGGAACAAUGAAAUUCUUACUUGCAGCAACAUCAGAAGUGACAGGAGCAGAAUUAGGCCAUUCGUCCCAUCAAGUCUACUAACAACUACAUCUUCUUGCGUAUGGCGUGCUCAGCCUAAAGUUGUAGGAGAACUUGUUCUAUUUGAUCUUAUUUGAUUGUGCACACCAGGUUGAUUGCAUUUGGGCGGACCACAUGAAUGUUGCAAUCUCCAACCCCAACACUGCAUUACAGGCCUGUCAACACAAUACUUAUAGAUAACAAAUAAUAAAAUUUAAAAACCAAUAAAUUGAAAACCCUAAUAUUACCGUCCAAAGCCCCAAAUCCCCAGUGCAAUCAAGGCAGUUCAUAGUUUAGUGAUAGUUGAAAUAUUGUCAAGUGGUUGUUUACAUGCACUGUGGGCAGUUUAAUAUCCCCAUCAUAGACACAACACCUCUGCCCAUGACUGCAAUUCCUUGGUCAAUCACCAAUCUCAGAUCGCCUGGCACUGGCUGGGUGGGGAAUACCCAAACUGUGAUGCCCAAGAACAUCAUAAGAACACAGUGGCACAGCGGUAGGGAUGCUGCCUCACAGCACCGAAUACCUUACAGCACUAGUACUGUGUGUAUGAAGUUUGUACGUUCUCCCCAUGACCACGUAUGUUUCUCCGGGUACUCUGGUUUGCUCCCACACUACAAAGACUCCAGGUUUAUGGGUUUAAUGCAGGUAAAGGGGACCAGACAACAUAUUCACUUGGUCAGCAUGGAUAAGGUGGGCCGAAGGGCCUGUUUCCAUUACGGCACCAUGGCUAGGCGGCCGCUUUUGCGGAUCUCAGCGCGAUGGACAAUUUCCUGGCAGUAACUCUCCUGAUCUGAGGCCCUCAGCUUCACUUGCAGCCUGGCCUGGCCAGGGAGGCGAGGCGAGGUGAGCGGGCGGGCCGGCCGGCUGGUGUCGGGGUAUUACGGUAGAGCGGGGAGGAGGCGCUGAUACAUUGUAGCAGGCGGAGCGGCGCCUGUAGCGAGUCGCCCUGCGUUGCCAAUCGGAGCCGAGCCGAGCCGGGCUGGGCCUGGACUACAGCGAGGGCUGUCACCGCCGACCCGGCUCCCUGACACGGCGGGGAUGGAGGAGGCAAGCCCGGGUGUCCCGGCCGGGCCUCAGCCGCAGCCCCGGGAGCUGGAGAGAGGGCUGUGCUCCCGGCUCCGCGGCAGGGCCAAGUGCAGGAGCCUGUCCGCCUCUCCCGCACUCAUCGCCAGCAAAGUGUCCAGGAGGACCCAGUCACUACACGGGCCAAGCCCAGCCACAAAGUUUGGACCAAAAGCUUGCAUGGUGCAGAACCCAACGGCUGUGAUGCACAUUCAGGAUCCAGCCAGUCAAAAGCUGACGUGGAAUAAACCUCCCCGGAGCAUCUUAGUCAUUAAAAAGAUCCAAGAUGAUCGGUUGCUUCAACCAUUUAAGGAACUCUGCAUCUUCCUCAUGGAGGUAAAAGAAAUGAUUGUUUACGUAGAAAAGAAAGUACUUGAAGACCCCACCAUCGCCAACGACGAGAGCUUUGGACAACUUAAGAAAUUAUGCACUUUUAGAGAAGGCUUCGAUGAUUUGUCGGAUCGGAUUGACUUUAUAAUUUGCCUCGGAGGUGAUGGCACUUUGCUUUACGCGUCAUCUUUGUUCCAGGAUAGUGUUCCACCUGUGAUGGCUUUUCAUCUUGGCUCUCUGGGAUUCCUGACGCCAUUUAACUUCGACACGUACCAGUCACAAGUCACGCAAGUCAUUGAAGGUAACGUGGCCAUCACCCUGCGGAGCCGUCUCAAGGUGAAGGUGACGAAGGAGAACCGCCCGGGCCACCCGCGGGCAGUGGAGGAGAACGGGCUGAUCGACACCAGGUGCGGGGACGGCCUCCUGAGGAAGCGAACCUCCCACUACCAGGUUCUGAAUGAAGUUGUGGUUGACCGUGGUCCUUCUUCAUAUCUCUCCAACGUGGACUUGUUUCUGGAUGGUCGUCUCAUAACUACUGUACAAGGAGAUGGAGUGAUCGUCUCGACUCCUACGGGGAGCACGGCCUACGCCGCGGCGGCGGGAGCUUCCAUGAUUCACCCCAACGUGCCGGCCAUAAUGAUCACGCCCAUCUGUCCACAUUCCCUGUCCUUCCGGCCGAUCGUGGUCCCGGCAGGAGUGGAGCUGCAGAUCAUGCUGUCGCCGGACGCCAGGAACACUGCCUGGGUCUCCUUUGAUGGGCGGAAGCGUCAGGAGAUCUGUCACGGGGACAGCAUCUCCAUUACUACCUCGUGCUACCCGGUGCCCUCGAUAUGCUUCAGGGACCCGGUGAACGACUGGUUCGAGAGCCUGGCCGAGUGUUUGCACUGGAAUGUGAGGAAGAAGCAGAGCUACCUGCCCGACAUGGAGGACGACUGACCCCGGGGGGACCUCGGGCAGAGGUGGCUCCUGCUCGCCAGAACUUUGCAAAGAGCAUUCCGACAAAUCUCAAGAACCUGAUUUCUUCCUGUGUGCCUUGAACGUAAAAGCCAACUUCACGGCUCCUUCUCGCGUUCGAUUUCCGGUUUGGACACGCAAGACUUUGGUCGAGUGUUUGAAGCCCCCAGGUUCGGACAACGCAGCGUGGCGUUCCGGGUGUAACGACAAACUCCUCUAAUGCGACGAGAAUGAUUCACAAAGACACCGAUCAAAUUCUGCGUCAUAUCAGGACCUUGCAAACGGCUCAUAGACUUGGUCUCUUCGGGUCACUCUGGUGAUGCACUGGAGCCAGGGUUCACCCUGAGGGGUUGGGUUCAGUGCCUGGGCAGACAACUACUGUUGGCAGAGUGGCCCUGUGGCACUCCGCACCAAGCUCCCAUUCAGAGCUAUCGGGUGAUGUGGCUGCUUCUCCGGCCCUCCCCCCCCCCCCCCCCCCCCCCCCCGCCCCCCCCCCAUCCUCCCCAGAUGGGAACCCGAGGUCAGGCACCGCCGGGGACCUGGUGUGGAGAUGGGCCCGGCGUUUACCAAAUCCGCACCUUGUCGGGGCUCCAUUUUUCUAAAAUGUUUCUUGACUUUGUGAAACUCAGAGUCCGGAAAUGCCUAAGAGCACUGAGAUACCUUGAGGACAUUUUGAUUGUCAGAGGCAAUAAAACAUAAAUAUAUUCUUUAAAGAUUGAGGACCCUACGGUCAUUAUAUCAGAAUUUAUUACAAAUAAAUCUAAAUGAGCUGAAAUUUGAGAUUAAAAGAACAUUCCUUUAACCAGAGUGAAAGAAAAUUCUGCUUCCUUGCGCCAUCCCAGCUUGCUGUGGCUGCCCACAGGUUUAUUGAUGAAACAACCUGAAGUUGCAGCUUCAAGCACAGCCUGUGUCCUCACCCCCACCCCCAACCCCCCUGCUCUGAAUGUAGCGAUUGAUGAGCUCCCAUGGAUCGAGGUCCCUCAUUAAACCAGGGGCAAAGUUGUUUGAUUAUCCAGAGUCCAGGUGUCUGCACUAGAUCCUGACCUGGCAUUUCCAGCCGCAGCCUCAGUGCGUGCAGUUAGUGAACAAGAGGUUCAAGGAAAACAUGGCUCUUGGUCCGUGUCUUGUUGCAACUGGUACCCAGACAGGUAAUGGAAGGAGAGUCUGGCCCUCAAUAUCUCACUGCUCUGCUAGCGUUUAGUGUGUUGGUCACACUUGGUGCUGGUCACAGAGAGAAUUAAUCCAGGCUGGGUCUCACUGUUGUGCUGAUCACAGCUCGACCGCCGGCCGUGAGGCAGCCCAACCUUUUUCAGGUGAAGAUGAAUCUGACAGCAGUGAAUGGGGUAGUGCAGGGUACGAGUCUACAUGUCUUCCUCCUGCAGUCAUUACUGAUGUGGCCACAGCUGGGAUUCAUUCUGACCUUCGCGAGAGGCGACACUUCCCAGUCUGUUGAGCAGUUUCCCGUCGGUGCCCAGGGUGCAACAGGGCGGCACGGUGGCGAGGCAGUAGAGUUGCUGCCUUACGGCGCCAGAGACCCAGGUUCGAUCCUGACUACGGGUGCUGUCUGUGCGGAGUUUGCAUGUUCUCCCUGUGACCUCGUGGCUUUUCUCCGGGUGCUCCGUUUUCCUCCCACAUUCCAAAGACGUGCAGGUUUGAAGGUUAAUUGGAUUGUGUAAAAUUGUUUAAAUCUUUGUGUUGUGUUUUCGGCAUUUCCCGUGCUAGUCCCCAGCAAUGCAGCCAACCAGUAUCCACCCAUUUCCAGGCAGCCCACUGAUCCUCCUAUAAAAUGGAGAAACAAGGGACUGCAAAUUUUGGUUUAUAUAAGAAAAGAAACAAAGUGUUGGUUAACUCAGCGGGUCAGCGAGCAUCUCUGGAGAACAUGGAUCGGUGAUGUUUUGGGUUGGGACCCUUCUGAUCAGUCUGAAGAAGGGUCCCAACCAAAAGCAUCAUCUAUCCAUGUUCUCCAUAAAUCCUGCCUGACCACUGAGUCACUCCAACACUUUGUCUUGUUUUGUAAACCAGCGUCUGCAGUCCCUGGUUUCUCCACUUUUCUGCUCCAUUGUGAAAUCUCAUGAUACGCUCACUUUGAAGAUGUUCUUCUCCUUCUCCUCCCUCUGAUGGGAGUUCUGUGAGACCCUCUCUCGCUGCUGCCCCCUGUGUGACUCCUGCUACAAUCUGGCUUUAUGGCCCUGUUCUGACCCAGACACUACCACAGCCACGUGUGUCCCCUCAACACUUUCCUGUGUCACUACCGUGCUCCACGUGGCUUUCAGCUCCAGCUCCAGGCCUCCCAGUUCGUACCCAACCAGGAGCUCAGGUACCUACAUUCCAUCAAUCGUUUUUCGGUACAGUUCUCCUCCCGUGCCUUGGGUUCCCCGCACUCACCGUCAACACCAGCAGGUCCUUGCUCUGCCUCUCCCGUAGAUCCAGGCCUCUCUCACCCAGACCCCGGCUACUUUAUUCUCAAGGUCGACACAAAAGGCUGGAGUAACUCAGUGGGACAGGCAGCGUCUCUGGAGAGAACGAAUGGGUGAUGUUUCGGGUCCAGACCCUUUUUCACACUUUAUUCUCCUCUGGGUUAACGCCUUCAAUCACCGUUUCCCCACUCACCCCCGACCAUCAGUCUGUCGAAGGGGCCCCGACCCAAAACAUCACCAGUCCACGUUCUCCAGAGAUGCUGCUUGACCUGCUGAGUUACUCCAGCGCUUUGUGUGUCUUUUUCAUUUCUCCCAUUAAAUGUCCCCAUCCUCUGUUGCAGAGGUUAGGCUGGAAACACUGCUCCUCACAAGGGCUAAGCUGCUGAUGGUGUUCAACCAGGGGCGCAAGUUAGUUGACUAUGAGUUUAGUUUAUUGUCACGUGUACUGAGGUACAGUGUAAAGCUUUUGCUCCAUGCAAACCAGUCAGCGGAAAGACAAUACAUGAUUACAAUCGAGCCAUCCACAGUGUGCAGACACAUGAUGAAGGGAAUAAUGUGAAAAGCAUUCAGUGCAAGAUAAAUGUUGCUGUCGGAGGAGAGAUUUAAAAGAGUGGAGCGAUUAUAAUGCGUGAUUGCAGAUCCACCUCUGUGACUCGCACACACAGUGUCGCACGGUUGGGCGCCAUCUUGGGCCAGGAAGGUGUUACUGACACAAUAGGAGGUGUAACUCACGCAGUAGUUGUCGACCAGAAACGUCGUCAAUUCCUUCGCUCCAUCGAUGCUGCCUCACCUGCUGAGUUUCUCUAGCAUUUUGUGCCUACCUUUGAUUUUACCAGCAUCUGCAGUGUAUUCUUAAUCCUGAAACAAUCCGAUACCUUCCACACACUGUGUCGGAAAGAACUGCAGAUGCUGGUUCAAAUCGAAGGUAGACACAAAAUGCUGGAGUAACUCAGCGGGACCGGCAGCAUCUCUGGAGAGAAGGGAGUAGGGUCUCGAUCCGAAAUGUCACCCAUUCCUUGUAUCUACCUUCCACACACUAUCCACCCACCUAGACCCAAGGCUGCCGAGCAAUGCUACAUGAUAAAGCGAAUCACAUGAAUAAGGUUAGCUGUGCUCAUAGAGAACAAGGACUCACAUCAAGGACAUUCCACAUUGAGUUUACAUUUAGUAGCCACCCUAACCAAGGUGCCUGGGAUCAAAACUACUAAUUUUGAAGGCUGAAUCCAAAUCAGUAAAAAGUCCUGUACCAGCAUAUCGGUGUAAUCUUGUAUAAAAUGGCAGCUUUUCCUUUAUGCUGAGCGUAAGCAAACUGGGAAGUGUUGGACAGUUCACACACCAUUCCCUCUUUACCUAGUCUCCACUGUAUGGGCUUUCUAAGGGGUCGGGGGGGGGGGGGGGGGGGGGGGGGGCAGGAGCCUGGCUUUGUGGGUCUUUUCCUUUCUGCAGGUCCUGCUUGGGCUCAGAGUUUGGUCUUUGCAAACGGCGGGGAACGGGCUGAGGGUGGGGGACGUGGCGAGUGGUAGGAGAGGUGGGGAAGAAAGUCCUCCAUGAUCCCGGCCUCUCUCCCAGGUAACCUGAUGCACUUUAGUAAAGAGUUUGAUCAGACGUUGCACCUUUUUAAGAAGAAUCGUCCAUUGGGCAUUCAGAUUCUUUUGUGUUGAGUAUGAGCUUGGGAUUUGUUACUCUUUCCACCGAGCACUGAGAUACAUGUAGAGGGACAAUCAGCUCCGUGAUUCCUAGUCGGGGCUCAUCCCAGGCACAAACCAUUGCUACUGUUUUUCUUUACUCUUCAGACUUUGCCCAUCACUGCUCGUUCUUUGCAACUCAAAUACAACCCUCGACAGCAUUGCUCACUUUCGCAGAUUCCUGAUCACAAUGUCAUCUGAUGUGGGGUCCAGCAGCUCUCCGAAUGUAUGUUGCGAUGACUGACUCCAUGUUCUGCUUGGGGCAGGGUUGCACAUAGUUUAUUUAAUGCACGAGUGAUGGAGGGGGAGGGGAAAGUGUGUCGGCACAAACUGAGGCACAUUUGGGGUCCAUUUUGAGCUCAGACUGCACGGUUUCUGCUUUCGCUCUGCCUUCAAUCAAUUGGCACAGCCUGAUUUCUCCCUUCUGUUUUUUGUUUUUCUGUUUCUUGUUUUUUGUGCUAAAUUGUAUGUAUGCACUGAGUACGAGCAGCUUUCAGUUUCACUAUCAUAUCAUAAAUGGCAUAUCAUUUCUCAUCACACUGCCUUUUGCAUCUCUGCCUAGCGUGGUGUGGUCUCACCAGCCCAAGUGUUGUGGCGUGUGCUGGUGGUUCUUAGCUGGGAGCUCUUGAUUCCUGCUACGUUUCAGGGUCAGGGAGGGAUUGAAUGCAAACUUCCCUGUGCCUGGAGUUUCCAGCUGAACAUAUCUUAUGGCAGUGAAGUUAAAGCAGCCUCCCUCGUUAUCACCUUGAAAUGGAACCUUCUCAAUUACCUUGACUUCCAAAAGUUUGCUGGUUGAAUCAUCAUUAAUCUUGUGCUGUCGAGUAUUAAUUUAUCAAGAAGUGGUGUAUAUCACUGGUGGAUCUUUGUUGACUUGGGUGGAAUGCUGAUGUCAAGUCUCUAUAUAAAUCUGCAGCAUGACAUGGUGAAUUGAGAUUCUUGAUACUUUUUUUUCAUUCAGAGAACCAAUUUGUGUCCUCAAAUUAACCUAAAGUUGCCAGAAAGUUUCAAAUAAGAACCAAUUCUGUGGAAACUGAGCAUUAUUUACCGCCUGCAUUUGACCUCUUGUAAAUUACUGCAAUUUUUUAAUAUAAAUUUUUAAUCAGCAACUUAUUUUCUGACUGCUCCUAUCCCAUAUAUCGGAAUAUUUACCCAAUGCAAGUGGGGAUAUGGUUAAAAUAGUGCAGAAUUUAGAUUUAAGCCAACUGCCUCUUGUAAAUAAGUUUAAUCUGUGCAAUUUUAUCACAACUAAGUUUCUAGUGAAUUGUAAAUAAUGUUGGAUUAAUGUCAUAUGCAAUUGUGAUACAUAAAUGUCUUUUAAUCUUCUGUAUCGGCCUCUGUCUCGUUUGGUUUGAGUUUUACGGAUUGUAUCCUAUUUAUUGGUACGUGAGUUCUUGAAGAUGCCCAGUGUUUCUGAAGUUGCUUUCAGAUUUUUACUCUGUUUUGGGAAUUUCUUUCAAACUAUCAAAUGAAUAACAAUCAAGGGGAGCAUUAACAAAGUUUAGUCAUUCACUGGGUAUUUGCUUCUGAUUUUCAACUGGGAUCAUGUUUUAUGUUUUGAGACCAUGUUUGUUGGAGAUUAGUAAAAUUGUUAUAUGUAGGACACUAUUUUUCAAAUCUUUUACUAAAUAAAUUAACCUGUGUUUUAUAGA